AUGCUGAACAGGACACAUCGUUUGGUGGCGCACCCCAUGGCGACGCGUAACGCGUUGACUUCAUGCUUGGGUUGGAGCAGCACAACCUCGCCCCUUCGGUUAACAGCAAAGAAAGCAACAGCCACAGUAUACAACUUUCAUUGUUCAGCACCCACAACUCAAUUCUCUUCCAAGGACAGUGAUGAUGAUACCCCUCGAUUGACGCACACUGACUCAGAGACCGGAAAGGCAUCAAUGGUCUCCGUCACGGACAAGGCUCCUACGCACCGAACAGCCCUGGCAGUCUCUUCGAUCUGGCUCCCUGGAGUAGCAUUCGAUCUGCUGAAACGCAACGGACACAAGAAGGGCGACGUCUUGACAGUUGCGCAGAUCGCUGGUAUCCAGGCAGCCAAGCAAACGUCGAAUCUGAUCCCGCUGUGUCAUCCUCUGCUUCUAACGCAUGUCUCGGUCGAUCUCAAGUUAGUCGAGGAUGAGGCUUCUUCUUCUCCCACUGCCGCUGGUAUCCAAAAGGGAGGUCUUCGUGGAGGUCGAGUUGACAUUGAGAGCCGAGUCGCGUGUAUGGGCAACACUGGAGUUGAGAUGGAAGCAUUGACGGGCGCUACUGUGGCGGCUUUGACGGUGUUUGAUAUGUGCAAGGCUGUUGGGAAGGAUAUGGUGAUUGGAGAGGUCAAGGUCAUGGAGAAGACUGGAGGCAAGAGUGGGACGUACAAGCAUAACCAGCACGGAUCUGAGCGCCAAGGCCAUGGAAUCUGA